GCUUUUGAAUAAAACUUCAUCUAUUUUAGGUUACCAAAACAUUUGACGAACCACUGAACUAUGGUUGUGAUAUGUAAAUUCCACCAACAGCAACAAAACUUGAAUAAAACCUAUAUAAAAAUAAAUAAAUUUAAAAACCACAACAAAAAGAAAUUACAAGAACCAAUCAUCGCCUCCGCUAUUCUCCACCUUUGCUAUAUUUGUAUCACACAUCUCUCCCGCCUUUCUACCUCUUCCUUGCGCUAAAAGCAAACAUUUUCUCGUCUCAUUCCAACUUCUCUUCUCCGCCCAAUCCCUGUAUUUUCCCCUUCUUCUCUCUUUGGAUGUUUCGCCUUGAAAUCGUUUGAUUCAAAGGCGAAAACCUUCCGUGGAGCAUCGAUGUCUGUGGAAACAGAGAGAAUUCCGAGGGCAAAGUACGGAAACAUUAUGCGCUCCGACCCUAUUUACCCCACCACAAUACCCCAUCAGGCCGAGGAAGAGUACCACCGGCGAAACAGCAGCGCUUCAGGAGUUGGAGAGGCGGUGUUCGACAGAAUGAGCUGCGAGGGCUCGCCUAUGAUGAUGUCCCCUUGGAACCAAGCCAUGCCUUUCAUGCAAACUCAAUGGUCCAGUGUUGCUGAGGAGAAACUCCCCCAGAAUGGGCUUAUCGGCUCGCUUGUUCGAGAAGAAGGUCAUAUCUAUUCUUUAGCAGCCAGGAAGGACCUUCUCUACACGGGCUCUGACAGUAAGAACAUUCGUGUCUGGAAGAAUCUGAAGGAAUUCAGUGCAUUUAAGUGCAACAGCGGUUUGGUGAAAGCGAUAGUGAUCUUGGGUGAGAAGAUCUUCACGGGUCAUCAGGACGGUAAGAUUCGUGUUUGGAAAAUCUCGCCUAAGAACACGAGCCUGCACAAACGUUCCGGGACUCUUCCCACGCUGAAGGAUAUAUUCAAGGCAUCCCUCAAACCGAGAAACUACAUCGAGGUGAAGAAAAACCGCACCGCCCUUUGGAUUAAACAUGCGGAUGCUGUUUCGUGUUUAAGUCUAAACGAAGAGCAGGGACUGUUAUACUCUGCUUCGUGGGACAGAACAAUCAAGGUGUGGAGGAUCACUGACUCAAAAUGUCUUGAAUCAAUCCCAGCUCACGACGAUGCGGUAAAUUCUGUUGUCUCGACAACAGAUUCUAUAGUUUUCUCAGGAUCUGCUGACGGGACGGUGAAGGCGUGGAAGAGGGAACAACACGGGAAAUGCACAAAGCAUACUCUGGUACAGACAUUGACGAAGCAGGAGAGUGCAGUCACGGCCCUAGCAAUUAGCAAGAGCGGAGGGGCAGUUUAUUUUGGGUCAAGCGAUGGUUUGGUUAACUUCUGGGACAGGGAGAAACAACUGUGCUAUGGUGGCGUUCUGAAGGGACACAAGCUGGCUGUGUUGUGUCUUGAAGCGGCCGGGAGUCUUGUGUUCAGUGGAUCAGCGGAUAAGACCAUAUAUGUGUGGAAGAGAGACGGAAAAAUCCACACCUGCCUCUCGAUACUAACAGGCCACACUGGGCCGGUCAAGUGUUUAGCGGUGGAAGCAGACUAUGGAGAUGAGAAGUGGAUCUUGUACAGUGGAAGCCUCGAUAAGUCGGUUAAGGUCUGGGGGUCUUCAGAGGCCAUCAUGGACAUGAAUCAGACGGGCAUGAUGCAGCAACAGCAGCAGGUUAUAUUGGAUUCAGAGCCGUUCAUGUCUGAUGGUAGUUUCUCUUCUUCAGCUGGUGGAGCCAGGCACUGAUCAUUUACCCUGAUAUCGUCUCUGCAAGGAAAACAUCACGAGUCAUCAAUACGGGGUAGUGAUAUACACUAUGGGGUUGGGUUUGUGCUUUGUUUUUGUUUCCUCUGCAACUGUUGUAACACAAGGAGAGAACGUCGGGUAUAAUUUUUAAUGAGAUAAAGUUUAAAACUGAAAACUCUUUCUAAGUUGAUGAUUAUUGAUAACUGUUGUGAAUU